AUGGCUGCGACUUCCUCGACUCCUCCUCUCGAGGCUGUGACCCUGCCGCAGUCCAGUGAAGCUGCUGCUUCUGCGAGAGUGUCCAACGAAGACGAAUCGGGAGUAGCGCUGGAGAAGGAGUUGCCCACAGUAGAAGUAGCUGGGACUUCUCUGGAUAAACCUCUUGUAAAAAAGAAAAGAAGACGCGACUACAGCUCAAAGGCCAAGCCACAGAAGAAAAAGAUGAGGGAUGCAGCGAAAUGUGUGGGUUACUAUGUUGAUGCUCUGGACAAGAAGCUGCUCUGGGGGGAAGCGAGUAUCAUCCAGUGCAACGUUGCGACUCGGAAAAUCAAGGUGCACUUUGUGGGGUGGAGCAAGAACCACGACAUCUGGACCGAUGUUAAGUCCAUCACAGCUCACGGUCGCUACGCCCCUUGCACGAAGGACAAUACUGUGAAGAGCUGGAAUGGCGACAUGCGCCUGUUUGAAGACGUGCUCAGCAAGGUGGAGGAAACUAGCUUGACGCCAGUGCCAGGUCCAGUAGAGGAUACUCGGCAGGUCACUUUGUUGCCCGCUUCUUUUACGGAGAAAGCUGGGGAAAAGCAGGAGGUAUCUAGGGUGGAUCAUAUCAAGAGAUCAGCGCCGAAACGAAAAGCAGACGUUGAUCGUGAGAAGAAGCCCGGUUUAAAACGCACGCUUGUGACACAGAAGUUAGUCAAGAAAACCGAGGGACACAGGCACGAAUCUGUGCGUCGCUUGAAGCAAGUAAAAAAACAGGAAAGCGUCGGAAAUCGGCGACCGCCAGUGCAAUGCUUGACGAAGCAGAAACGAGAGGGACCGCAUUCUACUGCUCUGACAAUAGCAAAAGCGUGUGCGUCCACAAAGGAGCGAGCUGUUUUUUCUAAUGAGCUGCCGGUAUUUUGCAAUCUCGAGCUAGAUGACGGCACCGUGAUGGAUUUCUCGGUGCAGCGCGAGAAGGCGCGCGUGAAGCGAGAGGCGAUGCAGAGUUUUCUCGACGAGUGUGCUGUGAUUUGGAAGAACCAGCUGCAUGUGCUGCCAAAGUAG